AAGGGUGAGGUUUUUUUCACAAGGCACAAUCAACAGUGAGACAUUCACAUGCAAACCAGGAGUCCUACCACAAUGGAGAUUGGUGACAUGAUUGAGAUAAACAGAGGUGCAUACAAACACUGGGCUCUGUACAUUGGAAAUGGAGAGGUCAUCCAUUUGGUAACUCCAGAUGGCCCUUCAAGAGUAGCUUUCUGCAGUGUUAGCUCAUCCAGCGGCAGUCUUUCCUGUAAAGGCACGAUUACAAUAGAGAAGUUAAAGGAUGUGGCAGCAGGGAAUACUUACAGAAUCAACAACUACUUGGAUGGCAAGUACAAACCAAGGAGGACUGACGUCAUUAUGGAGGAGGUGGACAAAAUGAGAGGCCGCACAAUAAAAUAUGACCUCCUUGGACACAACUGUGAGCAUUUCGUAACUUUCCUCCGUUAUGGCGAAUCAGAGUCCAAACAGGCAGAUGACUUCAUGAAGGGUUUGUUAACUGGUUCUGCAGGCCUGUUUGGUGGACUGGCUGCUGUUGCUAUUUCUGCAGCUGCUGCUGUAUCAAUCAAACUUAGUAAAUAAUGUAUUGGGUUUCUCAUGAGUCUAAAUCAAAUCACAUUUUAUUUUUCACAUACACGUGUAUAGCAGAUGUUAUAGCGGGUGUAGCGAAAUGCUUGUA